UGAAACAUGGAAAACGAAAAGGAUAUAAAUACCAUUGAAAAAAUAGAAAAUGGCACACAAUGUAUAAACAUGUGUGAACAGAAGACUUGUUACAAUGUUGAUAACAAAUUAUCGGAAUUAAAUCCGAAUUUGAGUAAACGUCAAUUAAAAAAAGUAAAAAAAAGAGAAAAAUGGUUGGAACGAAAGAUUGAACUAAGAUUACGAGAACGAGAGAAAGCAAGACAAAAACGAGCAUUUGCUCGUGCAAACAAUAUAGAUCUUGGGCCAUCUAGGAAAGCUUUAAAGAGAAGUACAAUGGCAGAUAGCAGUUGUAAAAUUGGAGUAACUAUUGAUUUGUCUUUUGAUGAUUUAAUGAUUGAUAAGGAUAUUGCAAAAUUAACUAAGCAAAUACUAAGAUGUUAUACUUUGAAUAGACGAGCUAUUGCACCAAUGCAAUUUUCCCUUACCAGUUUUAAUGGAAAAUCUAAAGCAGACAUGCAAAAGCAUAAUGGAUAUGAACAUUGGGAUGUAAAAUUUCAUGCAAAACCAUAUUUAAAUAUUUAUUUAAAGGAGAAAAUUAUAUAUCUUACUAGUGAGUCAGAAAAUGUUAUCAGUCAUCUAGAACAAGAUAGUGUGUACGUUAUAGGUGGUCUUGUUGACCAUAAUAGUCAUAAGGGUUUUUGCCAUAAAUUAGCCAAACAAGCUGGAAUAAGACAUGGCAGAUUACCUUUAGACAAAUUUUUGCGCAUGAAAGCAAGAAAAGUUUUAACUGUUGAUCAUGUAUUUGAGAUUUUACUCAGAGUCAGUGAAGGAAAAACGUGGCAAGAAGCAUUUUUACAGGUUUUACCAGAAAGGAAGAAUGCGCAACCCAUUGUACCAUCAGUAGAAAAUAAAGGUACAUCAAACAUUUAUGAUGAAGAGAAAAGCAUUCUUCAUGCAGAUGAUGAAAUAAAAUCAAAAGUUACAAUUAAUGAACUUGGAAACACUAAUGGUGUAUGUUUUAUAAAAAGUACAUAUGUGUACACUGAUUAA